AUGGGUAUAAUUUGGAAUGAUUCCCCAGUAGAGAAAGGGGAUUUAGAGGUCGAUUUAUGUCUUUUCGACUUGGAUGGUACCAUUGUCAAUACAAUUGAAGCUUCUGAAAGUGCUUGGAAGAGCAUUUGUUCUCAGUAUGAUGUCGAUCCAGAGGAAUUGUUCAAGUUUUCUCACGGUACGAGAACCGUAGAAGUUUUAAAUAAAUUCUUCCCAAAAUUGGACAACACUGAUAAUAAAGCUGUCAAAAUGUUGGAAAUGUCAAUUGCAACAGAUUACAAAGACCAAGUACAUCUGGUUCCUGGCUCGAAAGAUCUUUUGUUAUCGCUGGAUCGGGAUACAGACUCUGGUGAAAUCUUUAAUGAAAGAAAAUGGGCUAUUGUCACUUCAGGCUCUCCAUAUUGUGUAUUCUCUUGGUUCGAGAAUAUCUUAGAAGAGGUAGGGAAACCAAAAGCUUUCGUCACAAGUUUCGAUGUCACUAAUGGGAAACCGGAUCCUGAAGGCUAUCUUUUGGGUAAAAAACAAUUAUGUGACGUUUGGGAUUUAAAUUUCGACAAUACAACUAGUACUGUAGUAUUUGAAGACGCUCCUGUUGGUAUAAAAGCUGGGAAAGCAAUGGGUGCUUAUACCAUAGGUAUCACUUCUUCUUAUGAUAAAAAUAUUUUAUUCGAUGCUGGUGCAGAUUUUGUAGUAGAAGACUUAACUCAUGUUUCAGUAGUUAAAAAUACUAAAAAUGGUAAAAUUAUCCUAAAGAUUUCAAAUCCUUUAUCAAAGGAUUGA